GGAAAGAUGUGCAACCUAAAGCUGUCAGUUUUCUUCAUUGCACUUUCUGUCACUUUGAGCUGUUUGGAAGCUACACCUAUUGAGAAAUUACUGUCUGUGGCUGAUGAUCUAUCUGAUAGUACUUCCAAGAGACAAGGAUGGAUGUUGCCUGUAAUGUCACAGCAUACACUCUCAGGACUUAGUGAGGAAAUGCCAGAACAACCAGCAGCAAAGACAAAAAGUCACCAGCUGGAGAAGAGGAAAUGCAACACUGCCACAUGUGUGACACAGCGCUUGGCCGACUUCCUGGUCCGCUCCAGCAACAGCAUCGGCGCGGUUUAUUCACCUACAAACGUGGGCUCCAACACAUAUGGAAAGAGGGACACAGCAGGGCUAUUAAGCAGAGAACCCCAAAACCAUGCACAGCUUUAGGGUGUUUAGAUGGCUGCUGACACAGUUUUCAUUAGAAUCUCGGUUUUUAAUGUAUCAACAACCUCUUGGUCAUUUAUUACUUGUACAGUCUUACCAGUGCCUUGUUUUCUGUCUGUGUGGGUAUGUGAUUUAUGUUCACCAUUCCACUAUGCAUGUACAACAACAUGCAUAGGCUAUUCUUUCAACUCCAUUAAGAACUCCAAAAAUCUGUGCUUAUUAAAUUCCUUUGUAAAAAUCUAUCAUGAUAAUAAAUGGAAAAGUAAUUGCAACAGGGUUUUUAAUCAUUAUUAUUACUAUUAUUAUUAUUAUUAUUAAAAGGACUAAAAAGAUAAUCCAUUAUGUGUAUGUCUUUAUAGUCACAGUUUGGUAAGAGAAAGAAAUCAUCUUAAUUAAAGAACAACAAAUAUCAGAAUGCUAGCAAAAGUUAUGUCCUAAUGAAAGUACAACAGAAGAAUCUUUUGGUUUUGAAACAUCUACAGCAUCUUGUUUUGUACAACUGAAGGAACAGCUAGAUGAGAAAAGAUGCUGCAUUGUGCACCAUAAUCAUACAAUUGUGCAGUUAACUGACUGGUCUGUUUCCACUACAACAUACAUCAAUCAAGGAAAAGUGGUGUUGCAGCACAGACCUCUGUGCCUACUGAGCAGGGGAUUUUAAGGAUUUGCAGUUCUUACUUUAAGAUGGUAUCAGUGAAAUGUAAGCAUAAUGAGCAUAAGUGCUUUUAAAUAUGAAUGAGAUAAAGCUCUGAUAACAACCUAGCAGAAACUCCAGUCCUUGGGUAUUCCUUUCCUUGAAUUAAAAUAACGAAGGGAAGAGAAAAAAACAAUGAGUAGUUCAAGAACCAAAAUGUAUCAUAGAAACUGGGUAAUUUUUUGCACUGGCAUACUUACAUUCCUACCAAAAUCCAGGGAAACUAUUUUACAGAUGGGCAGACCUUAAUGAGAAUCUGACAGUGUUAUUUUCUCCUGUCUCAGCCCAGAAUCAGUGCAGGCUUAAAAAAUAUGUUUUUUCCUUUCAAUUGUUAAGGAAAUUUUCAUAGAGGUGACAUCUUAUAUCACAGGAACGGCUGUUUUGUCCACACUUUCUCAGGGAAGGGUUCACUAUUGUCUGAAAAACAUUAUUGUCCAAUUAUGAAAAACAUUCAGCAGAACCUUAGUUCUGGAGAAGCAAAUUAAAGUUUAAUAACUGCCUUCAGUUGGUUUCUUUCUGUUAUAAAGUAUACUUAGGAAAUAGAAACAUUUUUGCUAAGUUCAAGGUUAAAUGGCAUAUUCACUUCAUUUCACAAAAAAUACAGGGGAAAAAACAUUACUGCACAGAAUUCCUACUGUAAAAGAGUUACUAAGUACUCUCUUUAUUGAGGAAAGUUUCAACCUUUAUUAAUGUUCUAAUGGAUAUUAAUUCUGAAUUUUAUUGAGAAAACCAUUUAUAUGGUAUUAAACCUGUCUAAUAUUUCUGCCAGCUUGAAAUGCUUUUAAUUCCAGUUACUUUUGAGUUUUGUUGCACAUUCAUUGUAUGCUUAAUUUGUUUUUCAAUUAGAAUAUUUGUGUUUCAGAAAAUAAAUGAGAAAGUGAGAGGAUGUC